CGCUGUUUGCGGAAGAUGCGGCUCAAACCAACCAACGCGUUAAGCGCGGCGAGCGCUUCCCCGCGCCCCUUCGGCACGGCUGGCGCCGACCGACGCCGCAGCACGGUUCCCGGCCCCGAUUUCGUACAAAUCGCGCGUAAAACUGCCAGCGAGGCGCUGCGGAUCCCGGGCUCGGCGGCAGGUCCCGCGAGCCGCCGCUGCCGUCGCGGGCAGGGAAGGGGCCCCCGCGGAGCCAUGGCCCCGCUGCUGGCCCUGCUGGCCCUGUGCCUGGCGGCCCCCCGCCUCGCCGCCGCCGCCGCCGCCCCGCUGCCGGCCCUGGGGGCCCUGCUGUCGUCGGGAGAAGGCUCCCUGCCCCGCGCCGCCGUGGAGGCCCUCGUGGGUGCCGCGGCGGCCCGUGCGCACUGCCCCGCCGCGCCGUGCGGAAAGUGCCUCUCGGCCGAGGACGUCUUCGGGCUGGUGGGCAAGGCGGGCCGCCGCGACGCGCGCCUGGAGGCCGCCGAGCUGCCCUGGCUGGGCACCGCCGUGCUGCUGGCCGUCACCGACCCCGCCGGCGCCUGCGCCGCCGCCGCCGCCGGCCGCCUGCCCGCCCGCGCCCGCGCCUUCCACGCCGCCUUCGCCGCCGCCGCCCGCCCCAGCCCGCGGGACGUGGCCGAGCUGCUGGGCGCCGUGGGACGCUACUACCGCCCCGCCGCCGCCCUCGGAGAGCCCUGCGUGGACGCGGCGCGGGUGCUGGCGGAGAGCGCGGCGGCGGCGCCGGGGGUGGGUGCCGGGCUGGCCGAGCGGGUGCUGGCCACCCUGGGCGCCCACGUGCUGCGCGGGAGCUGCCUGCGGGCCCUGCCGCCCCCCGCCUUCUUCCUCGACUACAUCUUCGAGCGCUUCGGCAACGGCUCCCAGAACCUCUCGCUGGAGGGGCUGAGCGCGCUGAUGGAGCAGCUGGAGCUGGUCCCCGCGGAGCACCAGCACGAGGACACCGGGGACGGGGACGGGGACGCCCGCGCCGCCGCGGCCGGGAGCUCCGCCUGGGACACGCUGUGCCUGGGCCCCGCCGCCCUGCUGCAGCUGCACGGGCUGGACGCCGCCGGGACGCUCUCCCAGCCCGACCUCGCCCGCCUCGGCCCCGCGCUGCUGCAGCAGCGGCUCAGCGGCGCCUGCUCGGCCGCCCGCGCCGCCAACGGCACCGCCGGCGAGCUCAGCACCGCCGAGAGGUACGUGUACGGCUCGCUGGCCACGCUGGCGGUGUGCCUGUGCUCCCUGUGCGGCAUCGCCCUGCUGCUGUGCACCGCCUGCGCCGGCGCCCGCCGCUACGUCAUCCAGCUCUUCGUCAGCCUGGCCGUGGGCUCGCUCACCGGCGACGCCCUGCUGCACCUCGUGCCCCAGUUCCUGGGGCUGCACUCGCACGCGGACGAGGACCACGGCCACGAGGAGGAGGGGGCCGCUGCCACCUGGAAGCUGCUGGCGGUGCUGGGGGGCCUCUACGGCUUCUUCCUCCUGGAGAAGCUCUUCGACCUGCUGGUGCACGGGGAGCCCCAGGCGGAGGCGGCGGGGGGCUCCCGGUGCGAGCACGCCGUGGCCCUGCAGCUCUGCGAGGAGGAGAUGCGGCGCCGCAAGCAGCUCCAGGGCUCCUCCUGCUCCGACCUGGUGCGGGUGGAGGACCCCCCCCUCAGCCAGAGCACGCCGGAGCCGCCCGGCCCAGGGCUGCGGGCGCUGCCCUACAUGAUCACGGUGGGCGACGGCAUCCACAACUUCGCCGACGGGCUGGCGCUGGGCGCUGCCUUCGCGGCCUCGUGGCGCUCCGGCCUGGCCACGACGCUCGCCGUGCUCUGCCACGAGCUGCCCCACGAGCUCGGGGACUUUGCGGCGCUGCUGCACGCGGGGCUGAGCGUGCGCCGGGCCCUGCUGCUCAACUUCGCCAGCGCCCUCACCGCCUUCCUGGGCCUCUACCUGGCCCUGGCGCUGGCCACCAGCGACGAGGUCAAGGCCUGGAUCUUCACCGUGGCCACCGGCCUCUUCCUCUACGUGGCCCUCUGCGACAUGCUGCCGGCCAUGCUGAGCGCGCGGGACGAGCGGCCCUGGCUGCUCUUCGCGCUGCACAACGCGGGGCUGCUGGCCGGCUGGGCCGUGCUGCUGCUGCUCUCCCUCUACGAGGACGACAUCGUGCUGUGAGCGGGCCGACGGGACACCGCGCCGGGCCACCGCGCCGGGCCACCGCGCCGCAGUGUCACCGUGCCGCAACGUCACCGCGCCGCCGCGCCUUGGAGCCCCGCCGGCCCCUAUUUAUUUAUUCAUUGCCGGGGGACGAGAGCAGCCGAAAUAAAGCCGGAGAGACGG